AUGCCCGGCAAAACGCCCCAGAGCAACGGCAACGAGCCCGUCGAGAACGGCGUUAGGAACACCGAUGUCGAGAUGAAGGACGCAAAGAACAAGGGCAAGAAGGGCGCCAAGGACGCCGACGACGAGAUGACCGUCGUCGUCCCGCCCUCCAAGGCCUCGAAGCAGCCGCACAAGUCCCAAGACGGCGACGGCGACGUGUCCAUGACCGAAGGCGACGCUGCCGACGGCGGCGAGGUCAAGGUCGACCCGGUGGUGCAGACUGUCACAGACAUCAAGAGCAAUUUUGCCUUACUAGACCGCGCCGUUGCCCUCUUCGACGCCAGGUUUUCGCUGCGAGCCCUGCGAUCCAUCUCCGUCAUCCGCAAGCGGUUGACGCCCGACAUCAUCGGCCAGGCCAUUGUCGACACCUUCCCCGCCACCGUCACGUCCGGCAACAUCGCCAAGAACCUCUUGGUCGCCAUUGGGCGCGAGAGCAUGCCGCUGGGCCGCCAGGCGGGUCCCGAGAUGGAGGUGGACAGCGACAACAAGCCCGCAAAGAACGGCGCCAAGAAGGAGGCCAAGGACAUCAUCCCCGAAAUUGACAUCUUCCUCGGCAUCCUGAUCCAGGUGUACCUGUUCGACAGCAAGGCCUACAGCAAGGGCGCCGAGUUCUCGCAGUACCUGUCGGAGCGCAUCCAGGCCCUCAACCGCCGAACGCUCGACUCCCUCUCUGCCAAGGUGUACUUUUACUACUCCCUCUUUUGCGAGCACAUUGCGCCGCUGCCGCCGUCUCCCGAGUCGCCCAUCGUCGCGCUCCGGCCGACGCUGCUCGCGGCCCUGCGGACCGCCGUCCUGCGCAAGGACAUUGACACGCAGGCCUCGGUCAUUGUCCUGCUCCUCCGAAACUACCUCUUGACGUCGCACAUCAGCCAGGCCGACCUGCUCGUCUCCCACACCCAGUUCCCCGAGAACGCCGUCAACAACCAGGUGGCGCGAUUCCUAUACUACCUGGGGCGGAUCCGGGCGAUCCAGCUGCGAUAUACCGAGGCGCACGAGCACCUCACGGCGGCCACCCGCAAGGCCCCGUCGAGCAGCUGCGCCGUGGGCUUCUCGCAGACGGCGACCAAGCUCCUCAUGGUCGUCGAGCUGCUGAUGGGCGACAUCCCCGACCGCGCCACGUUCCGCCUGCCGUCGCUGGAGGACGCGCUGCACCCGUACUUUUUGCUGGUGCAGGCCGUCCGCGUGGGCAACCUGGAGGACUUUGAGACGACGAUUGCCGACCACGCCGACACGUUCCGACGGGACGGCACCUACUCGCUCAUCCUGCGCCUGCGGCAGAACGUCAUCAAGACGGGCAUCCGCAUGAUGUCCCUGUCCUACUCGCGCAUCUCGCUGCGGGACAUUUGCAUCCGCCUGCAUCUCGGCAGCGAGGAGUCGGCCGAGUACAUUGUGGCCAAGGCCAUUAGAGAUGGCGUGAUCGAGGCCACGCUGGACAGGGAGCGGGGCUUCAUGAAGAGCAAGGAGGUGGGCGACGUGUACGCCACAAGAGAACCCGGCGAGGCCUUUCACGACCGCAUCCGCGCGUGUCUCGCGCUGCACGACGAGAGCGUCAAGGCUAUGCGUUUCCCCAUGAACCAGCAUCGCCUCGAGCUCAAGAAUGCGCAAGAGGCGCGCGAGCGCGAGCGUGAAAUGGCCAAGGAGAUCCAGGAGGGCGACCUGGACGAGGACGACCUCGGGGGUGACUUCGAGGGCAUGUAA